GUCGGGGACGAGGCCCGGCCGCGUGUCGCGUAUAUAAGCGGCCGCUAUCGGUCGGCAGCCACCAGUCCGCCGAUCUCGUCUCCUGCAUCUGCCCCCGGGUGGCCUGUCGUCCGCGUCGUGCCAGUAUGAAGCUGAUCAUCGCUCUCCUCCUGGUGUCAGUGGCCGUCGCUGACCGGUCAGCCCGGAUCAGAAACUAUCAGUACGGCAUCGAGGAGGACGGCUCGUACGAGGCCAGAUACGAGACAACCAACGGUAUCAAGGCCCAGGAGGACGGCAUCUCCUACCCCGGCAACGUCCCCGAGUCUGGCAACUACGUGAGGAGCGGCUCGUACUCGUACGAAUGGGAGGGCGUCACCUACACGGUCACCUGGACGGCCGACGAGAACGGCUUCCAUCCUGUUGGGGAUCAUCUGCCCGACUUCAGUCACACCCGGGAGCACAUUGGAUCAGUGUCGGAUCACGAGUAGGAAAUAUAUGUAAAAUAAAACAAACAAAUACACUAUAUGCUUCUUGCAUUCUCUGGUAGCAUUCGUUCAAGUUGUGAUACACUAACCUCAUGAUUUUCAUCCAUCGUGCGUUGUCGUCGUCACGGAGCUUGUGCUCCCUGUUUGUCCGCGUGAGAGUGUUGUUUGCGUCCCGGUCCGUCCCUGGUCGUCGUUGUCCACCGCCAAUGUUUGUUGUCUCGAGAUGUGGUGAAGCGUUGUCGUAGUCAUUGUCACCAAUACAUUGUUACUCAUAGAA